AAUACAUCACGUGUUUUCCACGUGAUCAUCCCUGAUAACAUGGCUGUCAUUGCUUCCUCUCUCUCUCUCUCUCUCUCUCUUUCUCAACUGUGAGAGAGUUUGAGAAAGUGAAGUGAUGAAAAGAGGUUUUUUGCAUUCUCUUUCAUUUUUUUGUAUUCAUUGUGUUGGUUGGUGACAAGCUUCAAAUAUGAGGGGAGUGUUCACCUCCAGCUGGCUUCUCCAGAUUACUAUGUUUCUGCUGCAUCUUCUUCUAUUUAUGAACAAGUCUCAGGGCUCUCCAAUCAGUGGAUCAAAAUAUUCCCUUUCAAUUACAACCAAAGUUGAUGUGUUUCCUUCUGAUAUCUCUCCAAGUACACAGCCACAGCCCUUUAUUCCUCUUUUAGCUCCUUCUCCAUUGAUACCUUUCACAAAUAAUUCUGUGCCUAAGUUAUCAGGCCUGUGUUCAUUGAAUUUCUCAGCUGCUCAACAUAUAAUGACCCAAACUGCGACGGAUUGCUGGACUUCCUUUGCCCCCUAUUUGGCAAAUGUUGUAUGUUGUCCCCAAUUUGAUGCCAUGCUGGUAACCCUAAUAGGUCAGUCAAGUAAAUACUCUGGAGUGUUAGCUUUGAACACAACUCAUGCUAAGCACUGCCUCUCUGAUGUUCACAAGGUUCUUGUUAGUCAAGGAGCAACUGAAGACCUAAACAAUAUAUGUUCAAUCCAUUCAUCAAAUCUCACUGAAGGCUCGUGUCCUGUUGCGUUUGUCGACGAAUUUGAGAGCAUUGUAGACACUUCCAGACUUCUAACGGCUUGUAGAAAAAUUGAUCCUGUAAAUGAAUGUUGUGAUCAAGUAUGCCAAAAUGCUAUAAACUAUGCUGCUAGAAAAAUUUCCUUAAAUGACAUGUCUAAUUCAAAUGGAAACCAUAGUUUGCCUCGAAAGACGGCUCUGGUUAAUGACUGUAAGAACAUAGUUCUACGUUGGCUGGCCGGAAAACUCAACUCAUCAGCAGCAAAUAGUGUUUUUAGAGGACUUUCAAAUUGCAACCUAAACAAAGUCUGCCCGUUGGUUUUUCCGAAUAUCUCAAGAAUUGCAAAAGAAUGUGGAAAUCAGAUAAGAAAUCAAACAUCUUGCUGCAAAGCAACCAAAAAUUAUGUCUCCUAUUUGCAAGGACAAAGCUUUGUGACCAAUCUACAAGCCUUGAAAUGUGCUGUAUCACUUGGGGAGAAGUUGCAGAAAGCAAAUGUCACCAAGAAUAUCUAUGAUCUUUGCCAUAUAAGCUUGAAGGAUUUUUCUCUUCAAGUUGGAUCACAAGAAUCUGGCUGCCUUUUACCAAGUUUGCCUUCGGAUGCAUCAUUCGAUAGAACUUCAGGAAUUGGAUUCAUUUGCGACCUCAAUGACAACGUUGUUGCUCCAUGGACUUCGACAUCUUACGCGCUACAAUCUUCAUGCAAUAGAACGACAAAACUUCCAUCUCUUCCCACGUCGACAUCGUCUCAAAAUGGUCUUUUCAUUAAUAUCUUAGUUUUGCCUCCCCUCUUCACCUCAACAUUACUUCUCACGAGGCUUCUUUAACCUUGAAGUUCUCUACAUUUUACGUUUUUUUGGCCAUAAUGUUGUCAGAAAAGUUGGCAAUCCUUUAUGGUCUUAGUGAAGAAAUAAAGGUCAUUAUUCAUAUACAAUCUUCCAACAUAUUUUUCAAUGAGUAAAAAAUUCUACUCUAUAGCCUUUUUGUUAGAUUAUUGAUUGUAAUUGUAAUUUAUUACCAUAUCAUUUUCAAUAUUCUUUGAAAUUGUAAACAAGUUAUGUUUCCUUAUAGAUAAAUCAUACAAAUAUAAAAGAUA